GAGAGGCUCGCAGGCAGCGCAGCGCCACUGUUCCGACUGGAUUGUACUUGAACGGGAGUUCGCGGUUUGGCAGGUUUAUACACAUCAAAACAGAACAAAGAGACGGUGCUAUAAAAGAGAGGAGCGAAGAGAAUAAAAGCGACUUGAAUUACAAAAGAAGAGAGGACGCUCCGGUUUUACCAACAUCCAAAAAAAAAGAAAGCUGGACGUAAAAAAGAAACUGGGAGAAUAUUUUUAAAGGAGGAGAAGCUUCCUUUUUUUUUUUUUUUUGCUUUUGGUUUGUUUGUUUGUUUUUCUUCUUUCUCAAAGUUUGUCUGGGACGCUUCUGAUUUGAAUUUUUAAUGUCCGCGAUCUCUGCGCGAAACUUUCCCCCCCCUCCACGGACUGCACAUGGUUUCAAAAGGGCUUUCAGAGGAUCUUUCCACGCAGUCCACGCUGAAGAUCCCUCGGCUAGAAUGUUGUAAAUAAAGACGGAUUUGGGCUUUUUUUUUAUUUUUCUUUCCAGACGCUUUUCUUUCUGCGUCUUUACGCACAGCCUCUCCAAAGAAAACCCCAAAAAAGUGCAGAAGAAACUGCUCAGACUUUAUAGAAGAAGAAAAAAAGGCUGAAUAAUUCAUGAGAUACGAUUUGCCUGCUGGAAAGAAGUGACUGUAUAUAAAAAAAAAAAAAAAGAAAGGGAGGGGGGUUAUCCACAAACAUAUUCAUAAGGGUUGACGGGAUGGCCACCGCCGCUUCCAAUCCUUAUCUACCCAGCAAUAGCAUCUUAUCGUCCGGCUCCAUCGUGCACAGUGACUCCGGGGGCGGCGGCAUGCAGCCCGGCAGCGCCGCGGUCACCUCCGGCUCCGGGGGUUACAGGGGCGACCCCACGGUCAAGAUGGUGCAGAGUGACUUUAUGCAAGGCGCCAUGGCAGCGAGUAACGGGGGGCACAUGCUGAGCCAUGCGCACCAGUGGGUGACGUCGCUGCCGCACGCCGCUGCGGCCGCCGCUGCAGCCGCCGUAGCCGCUGCAGAGGCCGGCUCCCCCUGGUCCUCCAGCCCGGUCGGGAUGACGGGCAGCCCGCAGCAGCAGGACGUGAAAACCUCCGCCAGAGACGAUCUCCACACGGGCACGGCGCUGCACCACAGACCCCCCCAUUUACCCCCGCACCACACUCACGCCGGGGCGUGGGGGAGCACCACGGCGGCGCACAUUAACUCCAUAUCCGGGGGGCAGCAGCAGCAGCAGCAAUCGCUCAUCUACUCGCAGCCGGGGGGGUUCACCGUCAACGGCAUGCUGAGCCCCGGCAGCCAGAGCCUGGUGCACCCGGGCCUGGUGAGGGGGGACACCCCAGAUCUGGAGCACCACCAUCACCACCAUCACCAGCACGCGCACCACCAGCACCACGCCGCCGUCAACAGCCACGACCCGCACUCGGACGACGACACGCCGACGUCGGACGACCUGGAGCAGUUCGCCAAGCAGUUCAAGCAGCGGCGGAUCAAGCUGGGCUUCACGCAGGCGGACGUGGGCCUCGCCCUGGGCACCCUGUACGGGAACGUCUUCUCCCAAACCACCAUCUGCAGGUUCGAGGCGCUGCAGCUCAGCUUCAAAAACAUGUGCAAGCUGAAGCCUCUGCUGAACAAGUGGCUGGAGGAGGCCGACUCGUCCACGGGGAGCCCCACCAGCAUCGAUAAGAUCGCGGCGCAGGGCAGGAAGCGCAAGAAGCGCACCUCCAUCGAGGUGAGCGUCAAGGGGGCCCUGGAGAGCCACUUCCUCAAGUGCCCCAAACCGUCGGCGCAGGAGAUCAGCACCCUGGCGGACAACCUGCAGCUGGAGAAGGAGGUGGUGAGAGUUUGGUUCUGCAAUAGGAGGCAGAAGGAAAAGAGGAUGACGCCGCCAGGAGUGGCGCAGACGCCGGAGGAUGUGUACUCUCAGGUCGGCAAUGGGCAUUUUUUAGUAGAUUACUUAAAAGAUGAAGCGAGCGACCAGAGGGUGACAACCACAAGUUCAUUCCACCAGGUAAUUUUGGCGCAUUGAGAGGAGGAACUUCUCAAUUUUUCUAUUUUAUUUUCUCUCCCUAUUGAAUUUUUUUUUUUUUAAACCAAACAUUUUUGUCUUGAAAACAUUUUGUAUAUUUGAAAAAAAAAGAAAAAGUGGGACUGAAUCAUUUUUUUCCCCAGAGAGAGAGAUCAACGACGCU